AUGGAAUAUGAUACGCCUUUGCUUCGUCGACUUAAUGGGCGCCCGCAGGCUUGCGAUCCGUGCCGAGCACGUAAAGUUGCGUGCGAUCACGGUCAGCCCACCUGUUCGCGGUGCAGGAAGAGAAAGGAAACGUGUGUUUACACAGUCUCAGAGCCCAGGAUCAAAGGGCCUCGAAUACAGCGCCCGACUCGGAGUGGUACAUCGACGCCGUCUCCGUCUGCUCUUGGAUAUCUUGGCUUCACUAGCCACAACGCCGUGUUUGAGGAAACUCGGAAUAGUCUGUCUCUCGUUCAUGGAUCUACGCUCGAUAUUGAAUCUGCCGCGAGACGUGGUCCUCGAGUUCGGGCUUGUCUGAUUGAGAUGCCCUCUUCGCUUCGGGAAAUGUGUCUCUUUGUCCUCCGCAACCUUCCAGGACCAUCUGACGAUGUCUUGUCCUAUCGAUUCCAUUGCCGCGCCGACCAUUGGAUCAUCGCCUCUGUCAAGGCAACUCUUCGAUCACUUCAAGAGUCUUUCGGUGAGCAUCUGGCCAACCGAGAGGACACGCUGAAACUGGAGGAGAUGGGCCUCACUAUAUGCAAUAAUACCACCCGUCCACUCCGGGACGAGUACCCAACCGGCCAGGACUGGCUUGACCAAUUUGGUUGCUCAGCCCUUCGCUGGGAAUCGCUGGGCUUGAUCUGGACCUACUGGGAUGGCUCACCUAACGCGAACCCCCGGACUAUCGCGACAAGCCUCGGAUAUUGUAUCGAAUUGGCCCGGCACUUUUCUACUGCCAACGACUUGUUGGUGUAUCUUUGUUACCGAAGGGCGACCAUUGAGUCCCUCAUUACAGGAGAUGCGGGCUUGUUAUGCUGGCGCUACCAUGCCGACACAAUCUCAUUGAUGACUUUUCUAGGAUUGCACGUCGGGUCAGAGAAUGCAGAUUAUGUGCCAUCGCUUCGCUUAGAGAGCAAGCGUCGCCUAGCUGCACGCAUCUUUACCAUCGACAAGGUAAUGGUCUCCUUCACGGGGAGACCGCCCCUGAUCAGCCGCCGAUACUUUUCGACUCCUCUCCCUCUGGACAUUCGAGACGAGGAUUUACUGGCGGAUCAGGCGACUAUAAGCCGUGCGAGAAAGACGUUGGAUGAGGAUGGGUGGAAUAGAGAUGGCGAGAUGCAUUCAGCAACACUUAUUCGGGCGCGGGUGCAGAUUGCUGUUAUUAAAGAUGAGCUACUUGAAUUUGCGCUUGAAGAGGGCUCAAAGGCUACGUUGGAAAGCCUCAGCGAGAUCAAAGCCCGCGCGGAGAGAAUCGUGGCCAAGUUCCCACAGAGUCUUAUUCACCAUCCAGAAGAUUCUGACAGCCCGGACUUUGAAGUAGAUACAAUCUACACGAGGAUUUUAAUUCGAUUGGAGCACCUGCAGAACCUCUUCUUUGCGGAGAGGUUACUGUUGCGCCUCGGGCAUUCAGACCAGAGCCGCCUGCUACUAAUCAGCUUUGAGAUGGUCACUCUGACGCUGAUCUUUUGGACUCAACAGGAUCGCUUUGCAGAAGUCCGAAGGGACUUUGAAUGGCUGGCAUCCUCUGUCUGGAGCUGUUGCGACCGACCUUUCACGGUAUUCAUCCGGAUUGUGCCAAAUUGA